CCGGCCGGCCCGGAGGCGGGCUCCUGCGCGGAGGGCGGUCUGAGGCGCGGCCCCUGGAGCGAGUGAGAAAUCGUCUUUGGAGAAGAUGGAGGGGGAGAGGCGGCCGGCGCCCUACGAGGGCCUGUUUGCGGACGGGCAUCUGGUGCUGUGGACGUUGUGCUCGGUGCUGCUGCCCGUGUUCAUCACCUUCUGGUGCAGCCUCCAGCGGUCGCGCCGGCAGCUGCACCGCAGGGACAUCUUCCGCAAGAGCAAGCACGGGUGGCGCGACACAGACCUGUUCAGCCAGCCCACCUACUGCUGCGUGUGCGCACAGCACAUCCUGCAGGGCGCCUUCUGCGACUGCUGCGGGCUGUGCGUGGACGAGGGCUGCCUCAAGAAGGCCGACAAGCGCUUCCAGUGCAAGGAGAUCAUGCUCAAGAAUGACGGCAGGGACCUGGACGCCAUGCCCCACCACUGGAUCCGGGGCAACGUGCCCCUGUGCAGCUAUUGUGUGGUCUGCAAGCAGCAGUGCGGCAGUCAGCCCAAGCUCUGCGAUUACAGGUGCAUUUGGUGUCAGAAAACAGUACAUGAUGAGUGCAUGAAAAAUAGCUUAAAGAAUGAAAAGUGUGAUUUUGGAGAAUUCAAAAACCUCAUCAUUCCACCGAGUUAUUUAACCUCUAUUAAUCAGAUGCGUAAAGACAAAAAAACAGAUUACGCAGUGCUAGCCUCUAAGCUUGGAAGGCAGUGGGCUCCGCUAAUAAUCCUGGCCAACUCUCGCAGUGGGACUAACAUGGGAGAAGGAUUGCUGGGAGAAUUUAGGAUCCUCCUAAAUCCAGUCCAGGUUUUUGAUGUAACUAAAACGCCCCCUAUCAAAGCCCUGCAACUUUGUACUCUCCUUCCCUAUUACUCAGCCCGCGUGCUUGUUUGUGGAGGGGAUGGGACUGUGGGCUGGGUCCUGGAUGCAAUUGAUGAAAUGAAGAUUAAGGGACAAGAGAAAUACAUCCCACAAGUGGCAGUCCUGCCUCUGGGAACAGGCAACGAUCUGUCCAAUACCUUGGGUUGGGGUACAGGUUAUGCGGGAGAAAUCCCGGUCGCCCAAGUCUUAAGAAAUGUGAUGGAAGCAGAUGGAGUUAAACUAGAUAGAUGGAAAGUUCAAGUAACAAAUAAAGGAUACUACCACUUAAGGAAACCCAAGGAAUUCACAAUGAACAACUAUUUUUCUGUUGGACCUGAUGCUCUCAUGGCUCUCAAUUUUCAUGCUCAUCGUGAGAAGGCACCAUCUCUGUUUUCUAGCAGAAUUCUUAAUAAGGCUGUUUACUUAUUCUAUGGAACCAAAGAUUGUUUAGUGCAAGAAUGUAAAGAUUUAAAUAAAAAAGUUGAGCUAGAACUGGAUGGUGAGCAAGUAGAACUGCCUAAUUUGGAAGGUAUCAUAGUUCUGAACAUUGGAUACUGGGGCGGUGGCUGCAGACUGUGGGAAGGGAUGGGAGAUGAGACUUACCCUCUAGCCAGGCAUGAUGAUGGUUUACUAGAAGUUGUUGGAGUGUAUGGGUCUUUCCACUGUGCUCAGAUUCAAGUGAAACUGGCAAAUCCCUUUCGAAUAGGGCAAGCACAUACAGUGCGGCUGAUUUUGAAGUGCUCAAUGAUGCCGAUGCAGGUAGACGGGGAGCCGUGGGCCCAAGGGCCCUGCACUGUCACCAUAACUCACAAGACACACGCACUGAUGUUAUAUUUCUCUGGAGAACAAACGGAUGAUGACAUCUCUAGUGCUUCGGAUCAAGAGGACAUGAGGGAAACUGAGUAGAUGGAUGAGGAAAUGAAAGCUUGGGUACAAUCCUCACAGACGAGUAGACACAUAUUCAUCCAAAAGUAGAAGUUCUCUAUCAACUACUUAGUCGUAAUUUCACCAGUAGUAUAAAGGGUGUACAUUUAUGUAAAUAGCAUUCCAAAAACAGCCAAACUUCCAGUUGUUUACAAAUGCCAGUUCUUUUUCAGCAAAACGCUUUGAUCAGUUAGUACUAACUUCAGAAAGUCACAGAAUGUUCCAUGGACGUGAAAUGUUUUUCGUGGCUUUAUGUCUGAGAGUGGACUCACUCUGAAGUAUGUGCUUUCGUUCCUUAUUCUGAACCACACAUUUGAUGGACACAUUAUACGUCCAGCAAGAUAGGGGUGGAAAAAUAUUUCCAUCUUAAUUUUUAAUGUGGUGACACCAUAACAUUUUAAAAAUUAACUUGCUUUUUUAAAAGGAGAUGGUUAGUGUCAAACCUCCUAUAGCGUGCCCCUCAAGAUUUCCUACAGCCUAGCACCAAGUGGAUCCAUAAGUAUCUAUUUCCAGGAAACCCUAAAAGGAGAAACAUAAAGGAAAGACAAUACUUAAAAUUUUCAUUGUAGUUUUUAUUUUAGGAGCAUUUUCAGACCCGCAAUUGUUAAUGACCAUGUUGAGCUGAGAGUCAGUGUCUUGCUUAUAACCGAGUGUAGCCAAAAGAGCAGCACGU